CUCAUUUUUUGCUUUACAUUUUUUAGUGCAUCUCAAAGAACAUUACAUCAAUUUCUUGUGUCGGCACACAUUAUUUCAGCUCGUGAAAAAAUCAAAGCCAAACCGUUUCGCUUAAAAAAAAGGUCCAAUUUUUGAAAAUCAAACUAAACUUUUUUUUCGGAAACUAAAAAAACUCAAGGUAAGUUUUAAAAAAAAUCAAUUCAAAUCUUAUUAAUAAGCUUUAAACAAAUAAGUUUUAUUCUUUGUCGGACAUUGUAAUCCAUUUUUCGAACAUCUUUUCCUUUUCUGAAUGUUGAACAUCAGUUGCAACGAUAAACGAUUCAAUAGAUUAAUAAACCAAUCAAUAGAUGUAAUUAGCAAUAUUCUUGCAAGCUAUAAGAAGCUUUAUCCUCGUUCAACAAGGGAAACAUUACUAAAUUUGUAAGUCGAAAAUAAAAUAAUAGUUAAAUGAGUUAAAACACCAUCAAUUGAUUAGCCGUUUUUGGCUGAAAGACAAGAGGAACUCAGCCGAUCACCGCCGGCAGUGGCUCAGAAAUUGAUGUUGAUGGUUCUACAACAUUCCAAAUGGAUGGUCUUUCACUCAAUGCCGAACCCAUCUUCGAUGAUGAAACUGAGGAAUUCGAGAUUGAUGGGGAGUGUGCGAUGACAGAAUAUGUUGGCCAAUCUGGUGUUAUUGAAGGCGAAAAUCCUGUUCCUCCGGCUUUUGGAAUGGAGUUCGAGACAUAUGAGGAUGUAUAUUACUUUUACAAUUGUUAUGCUAAAGUGCAUGGAUUUGGGGUCAGAGUGAGUAAUACAUGGUAUAGGAAGAGUAGGGAAAGGUAUAGAGGAAAACUAAGCUGCAGCAGUGCAGGAUUUAAAAAGAAAAGCGAAGCGAACCGGCCCAGACCUGAGACAAGAACUGGCUGUCCAGCAAUGAUAAAGUUCAGAUUGAUGGAGAACAAAAGAUGGAGAAUAAUUGAAGUUGAACUUGAACACAACCACCUCGUUAGUCCAUCAACUGAAAAGUUCUAUAAAUCUCAUAGAAACAUCAGUUCGGGGAGUAAAAGGUCCUUGCAGAUGGAUGCUAAUCAAGACAUUCAGAAAAUUAGGUUAUUCCGAACUGUCAUUAUUGAUCCAGAUGAUGUUCGAAAAUUAAACAUUGAUGAAGGUGAAUUCAGGAACACGAUUGUCCAGUCCAACAACCAUUUGAUUCUUAAACCUGGAGAUGCUCAAGCUUUUCACAGUUUCUUCAUUGAUCUACAGUUGGUAAACCCUGAUUUCUUUUAUGUAAUGGACCUAAAUGAGAAAGGAUGCUUGCGGAAUGUGUUUUGGGCGGAAGCAAGAUUUAAGGCUGCGUAUAGUUAUUUUGGUGAUGUGGUCAGAAUUGACACUGCUUGUUUGACCACCAAAUAUGAGAUUCCACUAGUGGUAAUUGCCGGAGUUAAUCACCACGGACAAUCUGUCCCAUUAGGCUGUGGUUUGGUUGCAGGAGAGACUGUAGAGUCAUUUAUAUGGUUGUUAAGGGCAUGGCUGACAUGCAUGGUUGGCCGCCCUCCGCAGACCAUCAUAACUGACCAAUCUAGAGUUAUGCAAACUGCUAUUGCGGAUGUUCUCCCGCGGUCAUCUUAUUGUUUUUCUUUGUCACAUAUCAUGAAGAAAGUUCCAGAGGAAUUGGGUGGGUUGCAUGAAUAUGAAGUAAUCAAGAAAGCAUUUACUAAAGCAAUUUACCAAUCAUCAAGAGCAGAAGAGUUCGAAGCAGCUUGGGAGGACAUGAUACUAUGCCAUGGAAUUAGGGACCAUAAAUGGCUCCAGACACUCCACGACAAUCGUAAACACUGGGCCCCUGUCUAUUUAAAGGAUACAUUUCUGGCAGGGAUGGUUUCUGUGACACUCAGUGAGAAAGAGGCUUCUCCUUUUGAUGAGUAUUUGGCUAAUCAUACUCCCCUAAAAGAGUUCCUUAACAGCUAUAACCAAUGUCUGAAGGAAAUCUAUCAAAGAGAAGCAUUGGCUGAUACAGAAUCAAGGAAUUCCAGUUUUAUGUUGAAAUCAAGAUUUUAUUUUGAAAUGCAGCUAUCUAAAGUUUAUACGAAUCACAUAUUUGAAAAAUUCCAAAUCGAAGUCGAGGGAAUGUUUUCGUGUUUAAGCACAAGACAAGUAAGUAUUGAUGGGUCAAUUGUAACUUACAUUGUUAAGGAACAUGAAGUUGAGAAUGUGAAUGAAGCAAAAGAUUAUGAGGUUACGUUGAAUACAGCUGUUGCGGAAGUUCUUUGUGCUUGUGGUUUAUUCAACCUGGAGGGUUUCCUGUGCAGGCACGCUUUGUGUGUUCUAAGUCAGAACAGUUUUGAGGAGAUCCCACCUCAGUACAUUCUUUCACGUUGGAGAAAGGAUAUUCAUCGUAGUUAUGUUCUUGACUACGGUUGCAAUUUGAUUGACACCAAGAAUCCAGUCCACAGGUAUGAUAAUUUAUACAAGUGUGCUGUGAAGUUGGUGGAAGAGGGAAGGAAAUCGAAUGAACGAUACAAGUUCACUUUAGAAGCAUUGGGUGAGAUAUUGAACAAAGUUAGUUUGCAAGAUCAUAACACUCUUUAGCUUUUUAAGAAGAGAUGUGAAAUAUGUAAAAUAGAACAUCGUGCAUCAUUCUUCAGGAUUAUGCAUGCUUUGUAAUGUGCUAAUGUAGGCAUGAUCAUGUUUAUGGAUGUAUGCACACAAAAUCUACACUAUAAUGUAAAAUAGAUCUGUGUUAAUGAUCUAUCCUUAUUUUUGGUCA